CGGCCUUUAAAAGCAGCAUGUGUCACCUCGACUUGGCUCUCCAAAUAUCACUCCGGUAGGAAAUACGCGCACAGAGAAGAGACACCGGAGCGCGAAAACACAUCUCCAAACAACUUCGAGGCUGCUUUUCCACCCGGGCCUGCUCACUAACAGAGUGGAGAAAUAUUUCCAGAAGUUGAACUUUCCUUUUCACUGCCUGGCUUUGCUGUCGGUUUAACCGCUUUUAGAUUUUUGGAGACAUCUGAUCUCUUGACAGGAGCGAGCAAAAAAGUCCAGCGCACUCGGCUUGUGUGUGUGUGUGUGUGUCUGUGUGUGUAUGUGCGCACUGAGCCAUCACACCCGGCUGAUUUUGGCUCCAGUAGACUUUUAUUUUUUUUUUCUAAAGAGAGUGAGGAAGCCGUGAGAUGACCCUGUCUGGAGGCAGCGAAAGAGCCAGCGACAUGUCCGGCCAAACUGUGCUCACGGCGGAGGACGUGGACAUCGACGUGGUGGGCGAAGGAGACGAGGAGCUCAUGGAGAGGGGGGACAGCGACUGCGACAGCCCGGUAGGCAUCCUGCGCGACCUGCGAGGGGAACCGGGCGACGAGGAUGAUGUGGAUGAUGAGAUCGAGGUGGAGGAGAAGGAGGAGAUGGGCUCCGGUGGAGGGAGUCCGUGCUGCGAGAGCUCAGGGGAGGGGGAGACUGGCACCGGGAAGGGAGAGGGUCACGAGCAGAGCGGAGCGCCGGGAAGUGGGCUCCAGAAGACUAAAAGCAGCCUGGUGAAGCCACCUUACUCCUACAUCGCCCUUAUCACCAUGUCCAUUCUGCAGAGCCCACAGAAGAAGCUCACCCUCAGCGGGAUCUGCGAGUUCAUCAGCAACCGCUUCCCUUACUACCGAGAAAAGUUCCCGGCGUGGCAAAACUCCAUCCGCCACAACUUGUCCCUCAACGACUGCUUCGUGAAAAUCCCCCGGGAGCCUGGCAACCCCGGCAAGGGCAACUACUGGACCCUUGACCCAGCUUCAGAGGACAUGUUCGACAACGGCAGCUUCCUCAGGAGGAGAAAACGGUUCAAGAGGGUUCAGCCUGACAUGCUGAGGGACCAGACGGCGCUCAUGAUGCAGAGUUUCGGCGCGUACAGCCUCGGGGGCCCCUACGGGAGGCACUACGGGAUUCACCCGGCGUACACUCAUCCAGCGGCUUUGCAGUACCCGUACAUCCCCCCCGUGGGCCACAUGCUGCCCCCGGGCGUCCCUCUUCUCCCCUCGGCGGAGCUGAACAGAAAGGCGUUCAACUCCCAGCUCAGCCCGAGUCUCCAGCUACAGCUCAACAGCCUGAGCACGGCAUCCAUGAUCAAAUCCGAGCCCUCGAACAGACCUUCGUUCAGUAUAGAGAACAUCAUCGGGGUGUCCAGCGCGUCUUCCUCGCCGGGCGCGGCGUUCCUGCGGCCUCCGGUGACGGUUCAGUCGGCCCUGCUGAGCGCGCAGUCCCUGUCUCUGUCCCGGACCUCCGCCGCUAUCGCGCCCAUCCUCAGCGUGCCGUCAAGUCUUCUCUCUGGACAUGUUUUACCCUCAGCGACGGCGGCCGCGGUGUCCAAAUGGCCUUCACACUGACUUUAAAGGCGAGCAAAUGAACUCUUAUUUUUCUAUAAAGACAUUAUCAAAACGGGAAGUGUAAAGAGCACAAAUCAGUAAGAAACACUGGACUCUGUAGCCAUGUAAAGACUGCUGAAACACAGAGCAAAAAAAAAGAAAAAGGAGAUAUUUCUGUACAGGUAAUAUUUGUAAAUAUUUGUAAAAAAAAAAAA